UUUUCUAUUGGGCAACAACUGAAAUUUAAAGCUCAAUUUCAAAGUAACAGCUCUCAAUAUUCAAAUCUUUCAAUACAAACAUGAAGCCUCUAAUAAUUGCUUGCUGUUUGUUAAGUAUAGUUUUUGCUGAAACUCAAAUGAGCCCUCAACAACGAGAAGAAGCUAAACUUGCUCUACAAAAUCCUGAUUUGUAUGAUGGUGACAUGUUAGGAGUAGAUGAUAAUCUCGAUCGCAAUGCGAUUCCUCCAGCUCGUUACAGGUGGGCUGAUGCUAAAGUACCAUACAUCAUCGACAAAUCAUUAAAGGACAGCACAGACAUUAUAAAAGAAGCUUUUGAGAAUUAUCACAAAAAUACUUGUGUAAGAUUUGUUCCCAGAACAACAGAGAGAGACUACAUCAAAAUCUUUGAGGGAAAAGGGUGUUAUUCCGCUGUGGGUAGAAUAGGUAAUCCACAAUCAUUAUCCCUAGGCGAUGGGUGCAUGUAUGUUGGUACUGUUAUUCAUGAAUUAGGACAUGCUUUGGGUUUCUAUCACGAGCAAAGUCGUUCAGACAGAGAUGAAUAUCUGAUCAUCUACUUAGAGAAUGCAGAUGAAAGUAUGCAAAGAAAUUUCCGUAAGCUUGCACCAAAACAAAAUAUAUUGUAUAAUACUUUUGAUUAUAAAUCUAUCAUGAUCUACGGCAACAAGGCCUUUUCUAAUAAUGAUAAAGAUACUAUGGUUGCAAGAAACGGAGAAAAACUGUUGGAUCCAUACGAAAAGCAAGGAAUGACAGCAUCUGAUAUAGAGAGAGUCAGAAAAAUGUACAAAUGUUGAUAAUUUUGGAAAUUAAAAAAUAUAAAAUA